GUUUUACUGGUCAGUUUUGUGAAGUAGAUGUUGCUGCCUGCCUGUCACAACCGUGUGGAGCCUCCAGCAUCUGUAAAGACAUAUUGGGUGGCUAUCUUUGUUUCUGUGCACCUGGUUUUAUAGGUAAUAACUGUCAGACUGAGGUGGAUGAGUGUCUUAGUGACCCUUGUCACAAUGGAGCUACUUGUGUUGAUCAUCUGAAUGCCUUCAGUUGCAUCUGUCAGGAUGGGUUUCAAGGCACAACUUGUGAAGCGAAUAUAAAUGAAUGUCACUCUUCCCCAUGUCUUCAUAAUGCGUCAUGUGUAGACAUUAUUGGUAGCUACAAAUGCAUCUGUCUGGCUGGCUUUACUGGUGCAAGAUGUGAAACAGAUAUAGAUGAGUGUGCUUCACUUCCCUGCAAGAAUGGAGCCACCUGCAUUGACCAACCCGGUAAUUACUUCUGCCAAUGUGUAGCUCCGUUUAAAGGUUUGAACUGUGAGUUUAGGCCUUGUGAGGCCAGCAAUCCCUGUGAGAACGGAGCUGUGUGCAUAGAAGAAAUGAAUUUGGACAUUUUUCCCCUUGGAUUCCAGUGCCAGUGUGUAAAGGGCUUUGCAGGUCCACGUUGUGAGAUCAAUGUCAAUGAGUGCAGUUCUAACCCUUGCCUCCACGGAUACUGCUAUGACAAUAAAUUCCUGCAGUGCCUCCAUUUAGUGACUCAGAACCCGGGGACGUUGGAAUUCCCCAUUGGGGAACAUGACCCAUCCGGCUCCAUGACCUUCUGGACUUCCAGGCGCUGCGGCUCUGGGCUCGGAGGGACAAAACUCUGCACAUUGGCUGGGGGCUGCUACCAGACACCAGCCUGA